CGUCGACACGUGUGCAUAUUGUAUUUGUACAAGAUGUUGAGACGUCAGGCUAGACUAAGAAGAGAAUAUUUGUAUCGCAAAGGAUUGGAAGAGAAGCAAAGAGCAAUACACGAGAGAAAGGAGAAGCUUAAAAAGGCCAUUGAUGAGGGGAGACGGAUACCAACAGAAAUAAGGAAAGAGACUGAGCAGCUAAGACACUCAAUACAAUUUGAUGAUGAAGAAAGAUUAGGUUUGACAACACAUGAAGAUGAUGAAUAUGCCUGGGCUGGUGUGGAGGAUCCUAAUGUUGUCAUUACAACUUCACAUAAUCCGAGCAGUUCUCUUAAACAGUUUGUAAAGGAGCUAAGGUUGGUGAUCCCAAAUUCCCAACGUAUCAACAGAGGUCAGUUUGUAAUCGGUAAACUGGUAGAGGCUUGUAAUGCAAAUGGAGCCACAGAUCUCAUAAUAGUUCAUGAACACAGAGGGGUCCCUGAUUCGCUUAUUGUCUGUCACUUGCCAUAUGGUCCCACUGCUACAUUCACUAUAUUCAAUACAGUAAUGAGACACGAUAUUCCUAAUAUUGGGACAAUGUCUGAGGCUUAUCCUCACCUCAUCUUUCACAACUUCAAAACUAAACUGGGAGAGAGGGUGACUAACAUUCUUAAGUAUUUGUUUCCAGUUCCAAAGGAGGACAGUAAAAGAGUUAUAACAUUUGCUAACAGUGAAGACUAUAUUUCAUUCAGGCACCAUGUGUACAAGAGAGAUGGUAAGGAGAUUCAGCUGAAAGAAGUUGGUCCAAGAUUUGAAUUAAAAUUGUUUAAGAUAUCCCUUGGUACAAUUGAUCAGAAAGACGUUGAUGUUGAAUGGAAGUUGAGACCUUAUCUGAACACAGCUAAGAAGAAACUUGCGUUGAGUCAUUCAGAAACAUCUUGAUUUGACUUAUUAUAAUAAUAAUGGUUUUAAAAUACAUUUGUAAAAAAACACACACAUAUAAUAUAUGCAACAUGCAUAUACACAGAU